UAGGUUGCUCUUGUUCAUCACUGUGUGUAAUUGCCAACCCUGAUAAAACCCUAGCAGGCAUCAUAAUGAAGCGGCAGCUACUUCACCCCGCCCUAUUGCAGCGCGAAAAAUGGCACCGAAGAAGGCUGUUGGAAAAGCUUUGGCGAAGAAGAAGCCGGAGAAGGUGGUGAACCCGCUAUUUGAGAAGCGUCCAAAGCAAUUUGGAAUCGGUGGGGCAUUGCCGCCGAAGAGGGAUCUCACACGGUUCGUCAAAUGGCCGAAAGCUGUUCAAAUUCAGAGGAAGAAGAGGAUUCUCAAGCAGAGGCUCAAGGUUCCACCAGCUUUGAAUCAGUUCACCAAGACCCUCGACAAGAAUCUUGCAACAAACUUGUUCAGGAUGCUUUUGAAGUAUAGGCCAGAGGAUAAGGCACAGAAAAGGGAGCGUCUUUUGAAAAGAGCUCAGGAAGAGGCUGAAGGCAAAUCACACGAUGCCAAAAAGCCUAUCGUCGUUAAAUAUGGUCUCAAUCAUGUUACCUACCUCAUCGAGCAGGUGUUUGUUUAUUUCAUACGUGCGAAAAUCUUCACUCUUUCCAACUGCAAUGUUUUCUGUAACUUCAAUAUAAAACGUACUCUAUUUCAGAACAAGGCACAGCUGGUUGUGAUAGCACAUGAUGUGGAUCCGAUCGAGUUGGUUGUAUGGCUCCCAGCUUUGUGCAGGAAGAUGGAAAUUCCAUAUUGCAUUGUGAAGGGAAAAGCACGAUUGGGAGCGAUUGUCCAUAAGAAGACUGCAUCAGUUUUGUGCUUGACAACAGUUAAGAACGAAGAUAAGAUGGAGUUCAGCAGGAUCCUAGAAGCUAUUAAGGCAAACUUCAACGACAAGUACGACGAGUACAGGAAGAAGUGGGGUGGCGGAAUCAUGGGUUCCAAGUCACAGGCCAAAACCAAAGCAAAGGAGAGGCUCCUUGCCAAGGAAGCAGCUCAAAGGAUGUCUUAGGAAUUCCCAGACCCAACUCUAGGAGCGAGCAAAGGACAAAGGAGAAGCUUUUAGCAGAGCAGAGGGUGUCAAAGUAUGGCUGAGGGAGUCGGUAAUGAUCUAUAACUUGAGCCAUUUUUCUCUGAUUACAAAGCAGAUUUUUCACGAGGCUUGUUUUUGUUUUCAGCUUUUAAGUUUUUUGGAUUGUGAAAUUUUACUACGAGUUGACAUUAUGGAAUUAUUCUAUGUGGACACCGAUUUUCUCGUAUAUGUCUUGAGUUAUACGUUUGAUAUCGACAUUAUGAAAUUAUACAACAUGCACACCUUUUAUUGAUA